GAGGAAGAAAGCACACAGCUCAUUUUUCAUUUUUUUAUGCGAGAGCAACUAAGUGGAUCUGCUGCUCUAAAGAAGAAGAGAACAUCUCUCUCUCUCUCUCACUCUCUCUCUCUCUCACACACACACACACAUACACAUACAAACACACACACACACACACACACACAGAGACUCAUGCAGAUGAGUGUGUGUCCAAUGCGUGCGUGUUUGUUGGAGUGAUAAUGGACCCUCAGCACCGAGCAGCGCUGGACAUCUCCACCAAAAACCCACAGGAUGACUUCGAGAUGCUGCUGCGGGUCGGAGGAGGGACGUACGGAGAAGUGUACAAGGCCCGGAAUAAGCAAACAGGAGAACUGGCUGCCAUAAAGAUAAUUAAGAUGGAACCUGAGGAUGAUUUCUCAGUGAUCCAGCAGGAAAUCGUGAUGGUAAAGAGUUGUAAGCACCACAACAUCGUGGCCUACUACGGCAGCUACAUCAGGUCAAAUAAACUUUGGAUCUGUAUGGAGUAUUGUGGAGGUGGCUCCUUACAGGAUAUCUACCAUGUAACUGGCCCUCUUUCAGAGCAACAGAUAGCAUACGUGUGUCGUGAGAUGCUACAGGGGUUAGAUUACCUGCAUAGCCAGAAGAAGAUACACAGAGACAUCAAGGGUGCCAACAUUCUCCUGAACGACAAUGGCGAAGUCAAAUUAGCGGAUUUCGGGAUCUCAGCGCAGAUCACAGCAACGUUUGCACGUCGCAUGUCUUUCAUAGGGACUCCAUAUUGGAUGGCACCUGAGGUGGCAGCAGUGGAGAUUAAAGGAGGUUAUAACGAGCUGUGUGAUAUUUGGUCAGUUGGAAUCACAGCCAUUGAACUUGCAGAGCUUCAGCCACCGCUGUUCGACGUUCAUCCGCUCAGAGUGCUCUUUCUCAUGUCUAAGAGCGGAUACCAGCCUCCCAAACUCAAAGACAAGGCUAAGUGGUCACCUAUGUUUUAUAACUUUGUGAAGGCAAUGUUGGUCAGAAACCCAAAGAAGAGACCAAGUGCCAAGAAGAUGCUCACACACCUGUUUGUGAUUCAGCCAUGUUUGAAGCGAGACUUAACCCUUGAACUGCUGGAUAAACUCCGGCAUCCUGAGAAACUUAAAGAGUGUUUACAACCGGACGAUGAUGAUGUAGAGAUGGCAGUACCGAAUUCUCUGAGACGGAUUCACUCCAUCAACCGACACAACAAGGCUGAGAGGACAAACUCAGACAUCAGCUUGAAUCAGAUCUACACACAGAGACCAAUGAACCGAAAACAAGAGUCAUCAGAUACAGCAACUUCAUUUGGAUGUCAGUGGAUGGGUUCUCCGGACGCACGACUCAAAAGUCCGAGCAGAGGGGACAGCACCGACAGUGAUGACGAUUAUGACGAUGUGGAAAUCCCUUUUAAUCAGUUCAGCAGUAACUCACUGCCAGCUGAUGAAAUUCCUCCUCCACUUCCUCCGAAGCCUAAGGUCUGCAGCAGUUCAGAAGAAAGUGUUACUGCAGAUGAUGAGCGAACCAAAGUUCCGACCCUCUACCUUCCGUCUCCAUUGCUUAGAACCAGUAGCGGGACACACACACGCAGUCAUCCUGUGCCACGGCCACGCUCUGUUCGUAAUGUCAACUCAGACCCUUCAACAUUUUCCGGCUUCAGGACAGACAUCGCAGCAGAGCAGCCUCCUGUAUUACCGCCCAAAUCAGACAGGAGGCGUCGACAGCCUAUUAAGGAGCCGCCUGAUCCAGUACAGAGGAAGUUACCGAUUUUCUUCAGAAAGGUUUUUAACGGCUGCCCUUUAAAAGUCAACUGCUCUACGACGUGGGAUCAUCCCACCACCAAAGACCAUCACCUGAUCCUGGGUGCAGAUGAAGGGAUCUUCACAUUAAAUCUGAACAGCUCAGAGGCCACACUUGAGCUGCUUUUUCCAGGGAAGUGCAUAUGGGUGUACACCAUCAGCAACGUCUUAAUGUCUAUAUCAGGAAAGUCCUCCCAGCUCCAUUCGCACUCUCUCAAAGAAUUGUAUGAGCAGGCUAGAAAAGAACAUCGCGUGGCACUGCCAACACACAGAUUGAUACCCAGGAAGUUCACCAUCACCACAAAGAUCCCAGACACCAAGGGAUGCCGAGCAUGCUCAGUGGUCCAUAACAAUCAGCGCGGCUGUGUGUUCUUGUGCGGCGCAUUGGAGUCCAGAGUGGUUCUGCUGCAGUGGUACGAGCCCAUGCAGAAGUUUAUGCUUAUAAAGGAUUUCGACUUCCCGUUGCCGUCCCCACUGCGUGUGUUUGAGAUGUUGUUGGCUCCGGAUCAGGAAUACCCGCUGGUGUGUAUUGGGAUCAGCAAGAAUGCGAACUCUGCACAGCCUGUUCACCUGGAGAUCAUCAAUCUCAACUCUAACACUUCCUGGUUCACCAGCACCGGUGUCGAGAACCGAAGCAUGGAGAAAGUUCAGGUGAAUCAGUUGGACUGUGACACACUCCUUGUUCUUAUUGAGAACACUGUGCACGUGGUGAACUUGGACGGGGCAGUGAAGUGCUCCAGGAAGCUGCAGGCGGAAGUCAGCUUCCCUUGGGAGGUUGAAUCAGUAGUGUAUGUAGAGGACACAUUGUUGGCUCUAUGGAAACAUGGCUGGCAAAGGAGAGGUGAAGUGUUCUCAGAAAUCCUGCAGGACAUCACUGAACCUAGGAAAAUAUUCCGGCUCAUUGGGUCAGACAGGAUGAUUGUGCUGGAGUCACGGCCGAGCGAGGAGCAGUCAGGAUUGUGUAAUCUGUAUGUCCUGGAGAUUGCUGAGCAUAUGGUCUUAAUGUCAUGAACACACACACACAUACUUUAUAUGCAUACCUUUUGCAUAUAAAAAACACUGACAACACAAAAGUGGAAAGCUGUGUGUGUGUGUGUGUGUGUGCGUGCGUCUAAAUAAGAUUGUGUGUGUGUAUGUGUGCGUGUGUGUUUGAGUGUGUGUGCAUAUAUACAGUAUUCUGCUAAUUAAAAACAUAAA